AUGGCUGCCAGCUUGCUUGAAGCGGUUGAGGAUGGCAGUUUAGAAGCCUUCCUGACGUCCGGACAAGACCUCCAAGUGCAAGAGGCCUUGCAGGACACAACAUCUACAGCCCUCACAGGCCUGCCCUCUGAUAUGCAGUACACCGGCAUCGUGGACAUGGCAAACCAGACGGCUAAGAGCCACAUGGCGGCGCCACGUCGUGCCGCUGUGGUGCAGCGGGAUAGGCAGCUUAUCGGCGGCUGUGCAGCAGGCACAGCUUUUGACAGGGAAGCCGAGCGAAGCGUCAUGGAGCGCCUGGCCGAGACCAACUCCCUUGAGGUCGCUUUGGCCGAAGCCCAGGGCAAGUUGCGAAUGCUGACCCAGGAUGCCGAGCACCGGAAGAAGCUUCUUGAAGCGGAGGAGCUUCGCACCCUGCGGCUGCAGGACAGCCACCGUCAGCUCGUGGACGAGCUCGAUUUCGCUUGCCUCAAACUGGGGGUCAAGCAAUUGCAGCUUGACAUGAGCUCCAACGCACAGGCGAUCCCUGAAGUAACCCCCAAUCUGCUGGCAUAG